ACACUCUUCGCUAGUCAAAAUUACGAUGGCAUCCGGCACCGACAACUGCCAAUCCGCCACCACCGCCAACGGUGGAGAAGCCCCCAAACGCAAGGUAGCUCUGAUCACCGGAAUUACUGGUCAAGACGGCUCUUACCUCACUGAACUCCUCCUCGAAAAAGGUUAUGAAGUCCACGGCCUGAUCCGCCGGUCUUCAAACUUCAACACUCAACGGAUCAACCACAUCUAUAUCGACCCGCACAACACUCACAAGGCCCGUAUGAAGCUCCACUACGCCGAUCUGACCGACGCCUCCUCCCUCCGCCGUUGGAUCGACACCAUUUCCCCAGAUGAGAUCUACAACCUCGCUGCUCAAUCACACGUCGCCGUUUCGUUCGAGAUCCCUGAUUACACCGCUGAUGUCGUUGCGACGGGAUCGCUACGGCUUCUAGAAGCCCUAAGGUCCCAUAUCACCACCACGGGUCGGACUCAUGUCAAGUAUUAUCAGGCCGGAUCAUCUGAGAUGUUCGGAUCCACUCCCCCACCGCAAGCAGAGGAUACUCCUUUUCACCCGAGAUCGCCUUAUGCUGCCUCCAAAUGCGCCGCUCACUGGUAUACAGUCAAUUACAGGGAAGCCUACGGGAUCUUUGCCUGCAAUGGCAUUCUCUUCAACCACGAAUCACCUCGCAGAGGUGAAAACUUUGUGACCAGGAAGAUCACAAGGGCGGUGGGCCGGAUCAAGAUCGGCCUCCAGAGCAAGCUGUUUUUAGGGAAUUUGCAGGCUUCAAGAGACUGGGGGUUCGCAGGGGACUACGUGGAGGCAAUGUGGCUGAUGCUACAGCAAGAGAAGCCCGAUGAUUAUGUGGUCGCAACCGAGGAGUCGCACACGGUAGAGGAGUUCCUUGAAAAGGCAUUCGGGUAUGUGGGCUUGAACUGGAAAGAUCAUGUAGAAAUCGAUAAGAGGUAUUUUAGGCCAGCGGAAGUGGAUAAUUUGAAAGGUGAUUCAAGCAAAGCAAGAAAAGUUCUUGGGUGGAAACCAAAAGUAGGGUUUGAGCAGUUGGUGAAGAUGAUGGUUGAUGAAGAUAUUGAGUUGGCCAAAAGGGAAAAAGUUCUUGUUGAUGCAGGAUACAUGGAUGCUCAACAACAGCCCUGAUUCUGAUUCUGAUUCUGUUCCUGAAUCUUGAUCAGGUAUCAAAUCUUCUAGCUAUACCUAUAUUCAAUUUCUUGGUGUUUUCUUGAGAAUUUUUGUUAUAGUUAUUCAAUUGUAAUUCUUUCUUAUCCACCUUAGAUGUUGGUUGGUUGUGGGGGUUGUGGGCAUGAUCUUUAUUUGUUGUUGAAAAAACCCUUAGAUUUGAUGAGGUUUAUAGAGAGGGAAGUUUCUUGUUGUGGGCAUAACCUAAUAGUGUUUUACUUUGCAAUGUCUUAUACAAUGUACUUUUUAAAAUAAAUAGAGUUUUUGGCUAAAAUUUCUACCAAA